AUGACUUCCUCCAAGGGAUACGGACUCUAUGAACCGUUCGAUCUUCUAUCCACCAUCCAUCAGACCUAUAGUGAUUCUAAGAUAAUCGUGGUGGCUUGCCUGGCAUCCUGGCUUCUCUGUCGUCUGAACUUCCGCUUUAUCUGGCUUGUAUUCAUUCUCGCCUGCUGCCGGACUCAAUACGAGGUCUCCAUCCGCCGUGUGGAACGUGUGAUCCGAGACGAAGUGCGCCGAUAUCAUUCACGAGAUACACUCCAGCGUGGCGAAAGUGUCGAAUGGGUGAACGGCAUUGUGGGCAGACUGUGGCAUCUCUACGAACGGCGGAUCUGCGAUGAGCUCGUGCGAUACGUCAACAGUGAACUGGCGCGGAAGGGAGCUGUUGAAGGCAAUCCCCAACGAGUGGUGAUACACAAUCUGGAGGUCAUUGAGCAACCGCUGCGCAUCAACAAAGUCAGAGUCAUUCCCAAACCGGAGUCGCCCAAUUUCAUUCUGGAAGGAGAGUUCUCUGUCAACAUCCAGCACCCGAAUGCACACCAACAUUUACAUUUUCUUGAUACACCACUGCUUGACAUGAGCAUCGUCCACGAACACCCCGACCGGAAACACCAUGAUAUGGCGGUACAUGUCAAGCAGUUCACGGGUUCGGGGACGGUACAGUUCGAAUUCGAUUUCGAGUCAUCCCGACCGCACCUUCUCCAGCCACACUUUGAAAUCCCCGAAAAGCCGCACAUGGACUGUACGAUCAAAACGAUCAGCCACCAUCAUUUCCCUUUCCACUUUGCGCACCACGUCGACUGGCGAAAGGUGGUUGAACGGCAAAUUCGGGAGGGGAUCCACAGAGUCUUCCACCAACCGCUCCCUUUGCCGUUCAACGUGCUGGGCGAGGGACUGAUGCUCAAGAUCAUGACUGGUUUGUGGUACUGGCAUCGCUACCGAGACGGUGAAGGCUGGCUGUGA